AUGUCAAAGCGAAAAUCGGAAGAGCCCUUGGAGGGUGCAUUCGCCGAGACGUCUCCAGCCAGCAAAAGAGCGCGCAUUGAAGACGUACCCGAAGAGGUACCGACCGCGAACCGCGACCAGGACACCCGGCUGCGUUCGAACGGCGCGGAGGAAGCUGAAGGAGUCAUAAACGGGCGACAGGAAGAUGAAGUGGAAUCAGACGUGGAAGAUGACCGGAUACCUGCCGCUCCUCUGCGACAAAGUGCCCCCACCGAAGGCUACGACGACCUCUACCUUGACACCAUAAACCGAUCCUUACUUGAUUUCGACUUUGAGAAGCUAUGCUCCGUUACCCUUUCCAACAUCAAUGUUUAUGCGUGUCUUGUGUGUGGAAAAUACUUUCAAGGACGAGGACCGCAGUCACAAGCAUACCAACAUGCGCUCGAGCUCGACCACCAUGUCUUCAUCAACAUGGAAACUAAGAGGGUAUACGUGCUCCCCGAGGGUUACGAAGUAAAGAACAAGAGUUUGGACGACAUCAAGUAUGUGGUGGAUCCCAAAUACACCGUGGAGGAGGUCAAAAUGCUAGACAAGGACCCGAAAGAGUCGACCGACCUUGCGAACAAGCGAUACAGGCCUGGAUUUAUUGGCAUGAAUAACAUCAAGGCCAACGACUAUCUGAAUGUGGUAGUGCAGACUCUGGCCCACAUCACCCCCCUGAGAGAUUUCUUCCUCCUCCACCAGUUUCCUCUGACCGCGGCGCAACUACCAGUGCGGUUCAGUACCCUGGUCCGCAAGCUGUGGAACCCGAGAGCGUUUCGAUCGCACGUGUCGCCUCAUGAACUGUUGCAAGAGAUCGCGCUGCGGUCUUCAAAGAGGUUCACUCUGACACAGCAGUCAGAUCCUGUCGAGCUGUUGACAUGGGUUCUCAACAACCUCCACAGCAUGCUGGGUGGGUCACGAAAGGCCUUGUCAUCUCCCAUACACAGAUGCUUCCAAGGCAAAUUGAGAAUGGAAUCACAAGAAAUCACCGCAAAGGCGGACACCACCGGCGACCGGCUACGCUUUGAAGAGUCAUCGAACAUCAAAACGGACGUUCAUCCAUAUCUCAUUCUAACACUAGACCUACCGCCUGUACCUCUCUUCCGGGACGCAGUCGAGUCCAAAAACAUCAUCCCACAAGUUCCUCUUACGACGUUGUUGCAGAAAUACAACGGCCUCAAUGCCAUGGAGAGAGCAGCUCAUCGAGUCCGGCAUCGAUUACUGCAUCCAUUGCCGCCGUAUCUCCUCUUCCACGUCAAACGAUUUAGCAAGAAUAAGUUUGUGGCUGAGAGAAAUCCUACGAUCGUGACGUUUCCUUCUCCUCGGGGGUUGGACAUGUCUCCAUAUGUAGAGCCAAAUCCUUCGGUGCACCCGUCUGGAGAGCCUAUCCUGUAUGAUAUGGUGGCAAAUAUCAUCCUGGACACGACUUCGGUUGCAACCACUGGUGGAGAGGAUACCAACGCAGCAGACGCGGCGAACAUGGCUGUAGGAGCAGAGGGGUUGAGAGUAGCUUGGAAAGUGCAGCUUAGAGAUAAGGCUGCUGCUUAUUCUCAGCGGAGUGAUCUGCCUGAGUGGCUGGAGAUUCAGGAUCUCUGGGUCCAGCGAGCGGAAUCCGAGACGCUUUUCACGAGAGAAGGGUACCUUAUGGUGUGGGAGCGCCGGAGAGAGAGAAAGAAAGGCAAGCAGUCCAAUGGUGUGAAAUCGACAUAG